AUGUCUGCAACAAACCACACAGGAUCAUCAGUCACAGAAUUUAUCAUCAUUGGUUUCCCCGGACUGCAAGACCAAGAGAGCAAAUCUAUUUUGUUUUCUGUAUUCCUGGUAGUCUACGUCAUUAUUGUAUUGGGAAAUCUGUUGAUCAUAUUCAUAUUUGUCUUUGAUGAAUCCCUGCAUACUCCCAUGUAUACACUGAUCUGUAAUCUGGCAAUUUUAGAUAUUUCUGUCCCCUCCAUCACUGUUCCUAAAAUGUUAGCUAUAUUCAUGUUUGAUUCAAACUUAAUUUCGUUUGAUUCCUGUUUUAUCCAGAUGUUCCUUUUCAUGAGUUUGGGUAUAGCUGAAGGAUUUCUUCUCACAGUUAUGGCUUAUGACAGAUAUUUAGCUAUCUGUAAUCCACUGCACUACCCUAAUAAAAUGACAAACAGGCUGGCCAUUAAACAUGUUGUGUGGUGUUGGGUUGGGGGAUUUCUUGCAAUGAUGAUUCCUACAAUACUUGCUGUGAGGCUCCCCUUCUGUGGACCUGAUAAAAUUCUCCACUGCUUCUGUGAUCAUUCCUCAGUUCUCAGAUUAGCAUGUGCUAAUAUUGUCAUCAACAGUAUUUUGGGAUUGACUAUUGCAUUGUGUGUGCUCCUCGUCCCUCUUUUCCUGAUCUUGUUCUCCUAUGUGAUGAUUACAAAGUCAGUGUUCCAGAUCUCUGUCUGUGGUGGGAAGAGCAAAGCUUUCUCCACCUGCACCUCACACCUGCUGGUCAUCUCUGUCUUCUUCCUCACCGCAGCAGGUGUCUACAUCUCCUACAGGGUACCUGGAGCUUCAUCAGAUUUGCGCAUCAUGGCAGCAGUAUUUCAGAAUGUCUUCCCUCCUCUCAUGAAUCCCAUCAUCUAUUGUUUGCGGACUAAAGAGAUCAGGGACAGUUUGCUUAAAACCCUGAAAAGGGGCAGGGUUUUUCCAUUCUGA